UCCCCGGUGGUUCCGUCCGUCAUCGGCUUUGACGGCUCCCAUGUUUCACUCUCGCUUUAGGCUGUUUUAAUCCACAGGACUUUGUGGCCGCUCGUGUCGGCAAAAAGAUCCACGCCCGCAGAAAAUCGAGUAGAGUAAAAAGGGGAUUAUCUCGUCGCGCCAACGCGUUUUGUAUACAUCCAAACGCGCGGAUCUAUAGGCGGAUUUAAAGGCCCUCGCUCCAUCCCCGGAUUCACCUGCUACAAGGAGAGCCUCAACACGGAAGAGCAACAUGGGGGACACCGGGAGCGAGGGCAGCAAGCCCCCGAGUAACGUCAACGUCGUACCGCCGCGCUGUCCCUGCGGCUUCUGGGGGUCCAGCAAAACGAUGAAUCUGUGCUCCAAAUGUUUUGCAGACAUCCAGAAGAAACAGCCAGAUGGUGCCUCAAAAGCCUCUUCAAACUCCAGUAGUAGCAGCAGUAGCAGUCAAGCAGACGUCUUCUGCAAUGAAACAAACAAAAGCGUCAGUCAGUCCUUUACAGCCAUGUCGGACACCUCAGAAGAUCCUUUGCCAGGAGAUGCAGCAGUGACCUCUCUACCUGCUCAGGAUGAAGUAUGCAGCACAGACACCGCCUUCAGCUCACUCUCCACUCCUACGAAACGCUCCUUUGAAUCAGCCUCUGAGUCAGAAAGUGACAGUUCUCCCGAGAAGCGAGCGAGAGUGGGUGAAGUGCCGGGGGCUGAGGAGUCGUCAUCAUCGUCAACGUCGUCGUCAUCAUCUUGUUCUGCGUCAUCGUCAUCUACUGCAUCAUCUCGCGGCGGCUCCAAACAGCGGCGCCGCAAACGUUGCCAUCGCUGCCAAACCAAACUGGAGCUGGUGCAACAAGAGCUGGGCUCCUGUCGCUGUGGUUACGUCUUCUGUAUGCUUCAUCGGCUCCCGGAGCAACACGACUGUCUGUUUGAUCACCUGGGCAGCGGGCGCCAGGAGGCCGUCCUCAAAAUGGUCAAGCUGGACCGCAAGGUGGGCCGCUCCUGCCAGCGCAUCGGAGAGGAGUGCUCUUGAGCACUGCGGAACAAAGAAUCUCUACACAUAACCCCGAGCAGGGAUUUCUUCUUUUUUUCCCCCCUUUUUUUUCUUUUUGUACAGCCUAUUCAUUUAAAAGGAAGCUCAUUCUCUUUAAACUCAUUUUAUCCCCCACUCAUCCCAGACUUGUUGUGCUUCUGUCAGCUUGAUUGUAUCCCUGCUGCUAAACACAACCCCAAUUCAAGAACGAGAACCAAACAGAGCAAAAGGACUUUGGGACUUUUCAUUUCUUUUUUUCCCCUAUUACCUCACACAUGUGAGUGGACUAAUAAAUGAGCAGCUCGAUAAAGAGCUAUACAAAUGUUUGUCCAAGAAGCCAGUUGAAGAUGAUACCUCAAAGAAAAGAAAAUAAUAAUGAUAAAGAGGACAAUGAGUGUUUUUAGCCUCGUUACCUCAACAAGAAAUCAUUCGCGACUGCUUCUUGUACCGAAGCAAGACAUUCAACCAUGGGACUAGGUGUCUUAGCCGCCUCUAAUAAUCGUAACCAACCUGAUCGUGAUCCACCUCAGGAUAUGGAAGCUUCUUUCCUCCAAGCUCCCUCCCUUUGUUUUUUUCAUCCAGGAUUUUUCAUGGAGGACAUCCAAUCAGCAAUUCUUGAAUUACAAUUUUGACUCAAACGCCAUCAGGCUGUGUUCUGAGUAUUUUUAAUUUUUUAUUUUUUUUUGACUGACUGAGACUUAACAAGUGGUGUCGUCCAGUGAAAAUAUUGCAUCUUUAUUUGUUUGACAAAAAGAAAACUCAAAAUAUUAGAAAAGCCAUGCUUUUCAUUGGACGGCGAUGACCGUGUUCAUCAUUUUGUCCCACAGUAAUUUUUUUAUUAACCUUGCAGUUUUUUCCUAUAUGGUGAAAAGCUUCCCAUCAUGUAUACACGUUUAUAAUCCAUGACAGUCUGCACUGUACACCUUCACCCAGAAUCUUGAGACUUUUUAAACACACAUACAGUGGAACCUCGAUAGAACGGAAUAACAGGGGCGAGGGGGUCGUCCGAUAUAGCCGAUUGUCCGUUACAUUGAAACACUUUUUUUGAGGCCAUAUGCACCCAUAUUACUGUACAGUACAAAAUUAUUGUUUUGUAGGUGUUCUAAAAUGCCCAGUAUGGUACAUGGUACAGUUAUUGUAAAGCAAUAUAGGAAAGUUUGAAAAUCUUACAAAGUUUCACAUUUAAUCCAAACUUACCACACCGGUGAGCUGCCAUGCCUCUCCUUCUCUCUCUCUCUCUCUCUCUCUCUCUCUCUCUCUCUCUCUCACUCGCUCUCUUGCUCUCUUUCUCUCUCUCUCUCUUGCUCGCUAUCUCCCUCUCGCACGCUCUCCCUCUCAAUGUGCCCCACAUUCAACAUGGCCGCCAUGUAGGCACGGGAGGCACGUCCUUUGGAAUUUGAUAGUCAUACAUCUGUGAGUUGGAAAUACGUCAGUCCCAUUCUCUGCCUGCAUUGCGGCACAGCGCCAGUAAACAGCAGCAGCCAAUUUUGGAACUAACAGAGUUUGUCAACGGCUGUUUACGAGACAAAUGGAAACUAUUUUUGGACACAUUGUUCAGUCCUGACAGUCCGUUUUAUCUGAUAUCCAUUAUAUCGGGAUCUGUUUUAUCGCGGUUCCACUGUAUUGCUGUUCGAUUUGUGCUCCGUGGACUAAAGCUGAGCUGUUUUGACUCAGCGCUUCCUCUUGUCGAGGUGUUCUUAGUGGUUCAGCUUGUUUUUUUUAGUUAUACAUAAUUUCAAAGGUAUUUACAAGCAGCGUGAUUUGGUUUUCAUUCUUCCACCUUCAGUUACUUAACCGGUCCUUUACAUUGGGCAGUGUUUUGCUUUCCAGCUAAUCAUGACGACAACACUGAUCAAUAGUUAUUUCUCUUUUCGCUCUCUGCUGCCUCUUCUCCCUCUUACUAGAUGAGGUGCAGUUAACAGUGAAUAAUAAAUCCUGUUUUAAAAAAAAAAGAACAAAUUGUAAUGUUACUAGAAAAAUUGAAAAACUUUUAUUUAACCUCUUUUUGCCUUUUCAGGUUGACUUACACCUAAGUGUAGAGUUUUUCUGUUGUAAUAUGGUAUUUGGGGAUAUAUCAAUAUGACAAAAUUGUUAUAUAUUUUUCUUUCCAUGACUGCAUUUUCCUUUCCUCCUGUUUUUGUUCCUUUUAAUGAGAAUAAAACGAUUAGACAACG